GACCCAGAGCGCCCACCGCCCGCUCCACCAUGAAGCUCGCCGCUGCCUUCCCGGUGCUCUGCGUGGCCCUGCUCGGGGCCUCCGCUGCCGCUUUCCUCGUGGACUCGCUGGCCCAGCCCGUGGCCGCGGUGGGCCCCGUGGCGGAGGCGGUGGCCACGGGCGCCGGCAGGGUCCUGCCGCACUGGAACCCGCUGGAGUUGGUGCUGUCCAGGCUGGGCUUCCCCAUGGAGCAGCUGGCCCAGAGCUGCCGGCAGUGCGUGGCCGAGCUGGGCCCCGAGGUCGUGAAGACGCUGCUGGCGGCCCCGGCACUCUUCGGCUGAGCAGAUCGCAGUGCGCCCUUCCCGGAUGCAAGGGCCGACCACGGCCCCGGCACCUCCCAGCCCCCCAAUAAAAAGCAU